AUGCCCUCCAAGACCUGGUCCAACAUGACCGACCCAACCUGGCGCGGCAACUCCAAAGCCAUCAAGCACCUCCUACCCGCCCUUUGUCUCAUCUCCCUCGCCUGCUUCGCCGUCUCCCUCUCCUUCUGCGUCGAUCUCCUCCGCUGGCCCCUCGACACCAGCGUCCGGAGACCCUACACCCGUCCCUCGGCAGCAAUCGUCUUCUUCUACACCUCCUCCCUCCCCCUCGCCACAACCCUCGCCGCUCUCCUCUCCUAUCUCCUACAUCGCAUCAACCGCCUCUACCCAACCUUGUCCAUCAUCUGGUCCAUCGUCGUCUUCGGCAGCUGGUGCUACAUCCUGAUCGCCUGGGGAACCUGCGAAUACAGCUCCGACUUCGGCAGCGGCGACAUUUGUCCGCGCAUGUACAUUUACGACGAGGACGCGGUUGGGGGAGGGUUGUAUGGGUAUGGAGGGAAUGGGAGGUAUUGGGCGAGGAUCGUCCUGGGCACGUUGGCGUGCGUGGGCAGUUUGGUGGAGUUGGGGUUGGCGUGUGAGGCGGUGGAGAGGGGGAGGCAGGUGAGGUUGCCGGUACAUACUUGUAAGGUUUGCUGUGGGGAGGAGGCGGAGAAGGAGAAGGAGAGGAAGGGGAAGAGGGUCAUGGAGGAAAUUGUCGACCUCUGA